AAUCGAUGGUCUCCAUGGUCAUUAUCGAAAGAUAAUGGGGAUCGAUGGGGAUCGUAAUGAACGAAAUUGUAUGACUGUUUUCAAAUGCAACAGUACAAAUAUAGAAGUCCAAUAAUAAAUACGUAAAUAAUUUUAAACAGACGAAUAAGGAAUGAUAUACGUAGAUAACCUACUAUCUUUAGUGGUGUUGGCAUAUGUUAGGAGCUAAACAGUUGAUGUGCAAGGUAUAACUACACACUGUGUGAAAGGAACGAGGUAACCAAGUAAUUUGUUUUCUAAAUGGAUCAGAUUAAAGAGAUUGCUGCAAUUGGAAUCAGUUCCAUACUAUUUGGGAUAUGCUACAAACGUUACAUUAAACAGCGUGACGCUAUUAAUGGGGUUCAGAAUGCUCCGGUGCUGGAAUUAAAUUAUGACCUGAAUGAAAUAGUGAAAACACACAAAAAUAAAAAAGUACCAUAUGUAGUCAUACGUGGAGAAGUUGAAGCGCUUGGGUCUCCAAUUACCAGCGUAAAUAACCACAGUAUCACAGGAGCCAUUCAAAAGCUUAGUAUGAAAGAGCAUGUUGUUGCAAGAGGAUCAUCUGGAUUUUGGGCCAACCAGAAACGUGUUAUCCAGGAGAUUUACAACUCUGUUCCAUUCGUUCUGCGAGUAUCACAAACUAAAGUUGAGGUUCUUGAUGCCCUUACAGCUGAUAUUCUUGACCUUGAGACCACUGCAGAUCAUUUUCAGUGUAGCAGUCCUAGUGUGUUUGAUCAUAUAUGGGGAUAUUUUGCAGGUAGAUAAAUUAUAUAUGGAAAAUGUACAGACUUGAGUGUAGAUUUAUUUGACUGAUGGUAAUUGUUUGCAAAGAAAUGGCUUGCUUGGGAUAACUGAGUUUCUAAUCUUUGUAUAUUGCCCCGUACUUGAAAGAACACAUUUCUGUAACUCAUGAAAAGGAGGGGAGGCACAUGAGGCAGCUAAUCUGAACCACUGGAUGAGUAGGUGCCUCACAACCUUCUCAGGUGAAGAUGAAAACAGAUCCAGUUUCCAUCAUGUUGUGUUCUUUUGAAUACUAGAUGCUGAACAGAGUCCAGAAACUCAGUAAUCCUAAAUGAAAUACAUCAUCAGAGCCCUUUAGAAUUGAAGUGUCAAACUAUUCCAAAUAAAGAAUAUCAACACUGUAAUAAUUUCAAACUUCAAAAUUGUAUUUGUGUUCUCUGCAUGAAUUGAACACAUAAUAAGGAUGUUGUAGGUGUUUUAUCUCCAGAGCUACUUGGUAUAUUUCAGUGAAAUUUGACACUAGGGGUCCAUACUUUUGUUGGGAACAUUCAGUUUUGGUGCAGCCAAGUCAGUGUACAACCUUGUCUGUAUAUUAAAUCUAAAUUGAACUUUUGUGAGAUUUCUCAAAAAUUGCAUAAGAAAAUCAUGUACAACUUACAUUGUAGAUCUUACUAAGACUAAACAUUUUUCAGUAUGUAGAAUAUUCAGCUGAAUGUAAGGAUAAAUAAUUUCUGGUUUUAUGCUGUGAUUAGCUUUGCAAUAAAUGCAUAUCAGAUGUUGUGUCUCCUGGGAUAUUAUGUUGCAUAGUCUAUUGAAAGUCAUCCAUUUUGGAGAAACAAGCAAGCUUUAGUUUGUUUUGCUUGGUGCCUGCUUCAUGCUUUUUCCUUGCUUGGCCUACUCUUCAGACAUAAGGAUGGGGGCAAUGUGUGUAAAUGUCAGUUGACCUUCUCACUGGACUAGGUGCCGCUAUAUCUCAGAAGAUACAGCUCAUCAUAACCACCGUAAGAAUUUCAAAUCCUGCAUGGUGCAUCAGGUUCAGUGAAAUAUGCAAGUACGUAACUCCAUGG